AUGGCAAAACCUCCUGAGCCACCAGAAUUAUUUUUGUCUCAAGCAACCGCAAAUACUUUAAAAUUGAAAUGGAACGUUCCUGGUGAUGCUUCUUUAAUUAAUUAUUAUUAUUAUUUGGAAAGAGAAAAUGAAAAUGGAACUUAUUCGCCUGUAUAUGAGGGUGAUUUGAGAACUGCCAAAGUUAAAGGAUUGAGAGAACUUACAAUGCAUCAUUUCCGAAUUCGUGCAGCCCUUUCAAAGGGAACAAUGCUUGGUACAUGGUCUACCCGUUAUUCAUUUCAAACAACUAGACAACCUCCUGCUCCACCUAAACAAGCUCCAACAGUUUAUGAACUUUCUAAUGACCUUUUCAAUUUUGAAUGGAUCGCGGCUCGAGGCAAAGAUUCUUCUUCUGCAGAUAUUCAACGGUUAGAUGCUGGAGGAUCUUCCUCAGCCAAUGAUUUCCAAAAUUCACAGAUUAUUUAUCGACUUCAGAUUGCACCUAAAGUUGCUUCAUCAGCAAAAGAAAAAUCGGUUGUUGAAAUAUGGAAAACUGUUUAUGAGGGGGCAAAUACUUGUUUUACCCUUUCAAUUCCAAAUACAAACCAACAACCCCGACAAGCACGUCUUUUUAUUGUUCAACAAUUUUUUGACAAUAAUGAUGGACAUUUGUUAGAUGAAUGUGUUUCUGCCCCGUCCUCUAUUGUUGUUUUUUCUUCACAAAAGUCGCCUAAUGAAUCUCCCAAGAAACGAGCUAUUCAUGGAGGAAAAAAUUCUUCAGGUCCAUCAACUAGUGGUGGUGGUGGACGUGGACGCCAACAACAGGCAGCCGUUCAUUAUCCAAAUCCUAAGGAAACUAAAGUUACAAUGUACAAAAGAUUAAAACGAUUUGGUAGUUGGAUACGAAAGACUGCAUCAGAGAAGGAUUGUGCCUUAAUUGUUUUGACACUCUUUGUGAUCCUAGCUUUUGGAAUAGCUAUUCUAUUAAACAACUACUAUUUGAAUUGAAUUAAAAUUUUAUGUGCUUCCUACAAAAAUCCCAAUCUUUUUUUAAAAAAUAUUUAUUAUUCCAGUGUUUGUAUAAAUCGUGCUGCAAACUCUGUGCUUUCUACGUCUCUAAUAUUUUUUUCCCUUUUAAUUUUUCUUUUAAUUUUUCUAUUCAAAAAUUAUUUAUU